AUGCCUCCCGUAGCUGUCAGCGAUAUGGAUCUCCCCGCGGAGCCCGUCCACCCCAAGCCCGAGGCCAAGGACCCUCUCGCUUCCUCCGUCGCUACUCCUCAACUCUUCUCCCUCGCCAACAAGACCAUUGUCAUCACCGGCGGCGGCCGUGGCCUCGGAAUCACCUUCGCCCUCGCCGUCCUCGAGGCCGGAGGUCACGCCGCCUGCCUUGACAUCCUCCCCGAGCCCGCCGCCGUCGAGUGGGCUCACCUCGCCAAGCUGGCCAAGGCCAACAACCUCUCCGUCACAUACCACAAGUGCGACAUCACCGACGAGCCCGCCACCGAGAAGAUCUUCAACCAGAUCGCCGACGAGGCCGACCAGCGCGGCGCUCCCUUCUGGGGCGCCAUCGCUUGCGCCGGCAUCCAGCAGAAGAUCCCUGCCCUUGAGUACCCCGUCGCCGACUUUGAGCGCAUACAAAAAGUCAACGUCGUCGGUGUCUUUGUGACCGCUAAGCAGGCCGCCCGCGUGCUCGUCGGCCGCAAGAGCAAGGGCAGCAUCCUGCUCAUCUCCAGCAUGUCUGGAGAGAUCGCCAACCGCGGAUUGACUUGCAGCGCGUACAACACCAGCAAGGCCGCUGUCCAGCAAAUGUGCAGAUCCGUCGCCCAGGAAUGGGGCCAGUACGGCAUCCGCGUGAACACCCUCUCCCCCGGUUAUAUCCGCACCGCCAUGACCGACCAGCUCCUGCAGGCCGAGCCCGACGUCGAGACGACCUGGAUGCGCGGUGCUCUGCUCCAGCGCCUCGGCACCCCCGAGGACUUCAAGGCUCCGGCCGUCUUCCUCCUGUCCGAGGGUAGCUCCUUCAUGACCGGAGCCGACCUUCGCGUCGACGGCGGCCACUGUGCCUCAGCAUAA